AUGGAGGAGCUCCAAGAAAGAAUAACUAAGUUCAUUCGAAUGGAGGAUUGGAGAUAUGCCAGAAGGCAGCCCCAAACAGAAGCUCCCACCAAUGGGAGCAAAAAAGAAACGCAACAGAUUCGUGAAGGAGACCGAAGGCCCCCUAGGCGAGAAAUACCCCUUCGCCCUCGAUAUGAUCAUUAUGCACGCCUGAACGUGCCAUUGACAAAGGUGUUUAAGGAGGCCCUGAGCGCUGAGCUCCUCAACGUACGAAGACGACCCACACCCAGGACCGCUGACGCAACCAAGGUCUGCCUAUUUCAUGUCAACCUGGGACAUUCCACCGAGGAUUGUACCACCCUCCGAGAUGAACUCCAAAGAGUCAUUCGAGCAGAAUAUCUCCGUCAAUUCGUACAAGAAGAACCAGAACCACGUAAAAGAUCUCCCAGAAAAGUAAGAAGUCCCAAACGAAUUCAUGACGCUAGUGUUCGCCCCAGAAACCAUUCACGAAGCCGCCAAAGGGAGAGAGAUCGCUCCCGAAGUCGUCCCAGGGAGCACGUAAGAGAAAGACCAAUUAGGGGUCGAGUUGACACCAUCUCCGGAGGCUUCGCCGGAGGUGGAGUGUCUUCAUUUGCUCGGAAAAGACAUUUGAGAAACCUUCGGAGCGUCAACAAUGUAAGGCGUAAUUCUGUGUCCAUGCCCGAUAUUACAUUCACGGAUGUGGACUUCCACGCUCCAGAGCCCGACCAAGAUGAUCCAAUGGUAAUCACUGUCGAAAUAACAUUAUACGAUGUCAGCAAAGUUUUAAUUGAUCACGGUAGCUCAGUCAACAUACUGUAUUGGAUGACUUUCCUAAAGAUGGAUUUGUCAGAAGAUAUAAUAUGCCCGUUCAACGAGCAGAUCGUAGGCUUCGUAGGAGAAAGAGUUGAUACCUGA